AAGUAUGACUUGAAUGAAUGUUUUUGCUAUAUAUUCAAAGGCACUCACUCUUGGUUGGUUCAGUGGAGUCAUUUAAGACAAUGGAGGAUGAGGUGGUGAUGUUGGGUUUUCAUCUCAGCAUGUUUGAUAUACGAGUUAGGAUUGCAUUGGCAGAGAAAGGGGUCAAGUAUGAGUACAGGGAAGAGGAUCUUGUCAACAUCAAGAGUGCACUGCUCCUGGUAAUGAAUCCAGUUCACAAAAAAGUUCCAGUCCUUAUUCAUAAUGGGAAGCCCAUUUGUGAAUCCUUGAUUAUUGUUGAAUACAUUGAUGAGGUCUGGAAAGAUCAAACUCCAUUGCUGCCCACCGAUCCACAUCAGAGAGCUCAAGCUAGAUUUUGGGCUGAUUUUGUUGAUAAUAAGGUGCAUGAAGUUGCAAAGAAGAUAUGGACUGGAAAGGUGGGUGAACAUGAGAAAGAAAAGGAGGAGUUAAUAAAAAAUUUGAAGACAUUGGAAGAGGUUCUUGGUGACAAGCCAUAUUUAGCGGGAGACACAUUUGGUUUUCCUGAUAUUGCUUUAAUUCCAUUUUAUAGAUGGUUUUCUACUUAUGAGACAGUAGGGAACUAUGUCACCCAAGUAUUUUCUCCAAAACUUAUUGCAUGGGGAAAGAGAUGUUUAGAGAGAGAAAGCGUCUCAAAAUUCAUCUCUGAUGAAAAGGAGAUUUAUGAAUUUGUUCAGAUGUAUAGGAAAAAAAUUGGAGUUGAUUGAGAUACAAUGUUAGUUAGAGUUGUGGAGUUUGUGACAUUGUGUUCAGCCAAAUAAAUUGUUAUUGUGAGUUGAGCUUGUCUAUUAAGAUUUGUUUUGCUAGU